CAUUGUGGACCAGAGUGGUCAUCAUAAUCAUCUUCUCCAACCCCAGUCAAACACGAUACCCUCUCUGCUAUUUCCACUGAGAUACAAAAGAAAUCAUACGCAAGAAAAAUCAGUCAAAGACCUUGUUAGCUGUUAUUGUCAUAACCCACUUCUAUUCAUUCCCAUUUUACCAACGAACCCAGAAAAAGACUGCUUCAAAACCAACCCUCCGGAGAUAGGAAAGAAUGCAUCGUCAUUGACCCUCCAUUUUCCUCCAUCCCAAGCUAACUCCAGUGCCAUGAAUCGUCGUAUUCUACACGAUAGAUCUGUUUUCCUUGUUCUACUGUUGGUUUCCCUGCUGCUCUCGUUUUCCUUUGGGGAAGAUGAUACCAGGUGCUUGCAAGAAGUGAAGAAGUCGUUGACUGACCCGGAAGGCAAGCUCAAUUCCUGGGUGUUUUCCAACACUACAGUCGGGUUCAUUUGCAAAUUCGUCGGCGUUUCGUGUUGGAAUGACCGGGAAAACAGGCUUAUUGGUCUGGAGCUCCGGGAUUUCAGUCUCACGGGUAGUAUUCCGGAUUCUCUUCAGUUUUGCCACAGCCUCCAGACCCUAAAUCUCGCUGGCAACUCUCUCUCCGGUUCGAUCCCUCCGCAAAUCUGCACUUGGCUGCCCUAUUUGGUUACUCUUGAUUUGUCGCAGAAUAGUUUGACCGGUCAAAUACCGGAGGAUCUGGCUAAUUGUUCGUAUUUGAAUAACUUGAUUCUAGAUGAUAAUAAGUUGUCUGGGAAUAUCCCAUAUCAGCUUUCGACCUUAGGGAGGUUGAAAAAGUUCUCUGUCGCGAAUAAUGAUUUAUCCGGGAGAGUGCCGUCUUUCAAUUAUGAACUGGAGCUUGAUUUUGGUGGGAAUAGUGGGCUUUGCGGCGGCCCUUUGGGCAAAUGUGGUGGAUUGACUAAGAAGAGUAUGGCGAUUAUUAUUGCGGCGGGGGUUUUUGGUGCCGCCGCUUCAUUGUUACUGGGAUUUGGUUUGUGGUGGUGGUACUUUAUGAGGUCGAAUAAGAGGAGCAAGAAAGGUUAUGGGAUUGGACGAAGAGAUGAUGGGAGUAGUUGGGCUGAUAUAUUACGAGCUCAUAAGCUUACACAGGUUAUCCUGUUUCAAAAGCCACUUGUUAAGGUUAAAUUGGCUGAUUUGUUGGCUGCAACAAACAAUUUUAGCGUGCAGAAUGUUAUCGUCUCCAGUAGAAUGGGGACGACUUACAAGGCUGUCUUGCGGGAUGGGUCGGCGCUUGCCAUUAAGCGGCUCAGUGUGUGUAAAAUGGGGGAGAAACAGUUUAGGAUGGAGAUGAAUAAGUUGGGGCAGUUGCGGCAUCCAAAUUUGGUGCCACUACUGGGAUUUUGCUUGGUGGAGGAGGAGAAGCUCUUGGUUUAUAAGCAUUUGUCGAAUGGGACUCUGGGUUCCAUGUUGCGUGGCAAUGCUGCUGUGUUGGAUUGGCCGACUAGGUUUAGGAUAGCACUGGGGGCUGCAAGAGGGCUUGCUUGGCUUCACCAUGGAUGUCACCCUCCGAUCCUGCACCAGAAUAUUAGCUCGAACGUGGUCCUUCUUGAUGAGGAUUUUGAUGCUAGGGUAAUGGACUUUGGUUUGGCAAGACUUCUGACCUCAUCAGAAUCGAAUGAGAGUAGUUUUGUCUAUGGGGAUUUAGGUGAAAUUGGAUAUGUUGCUCCAGAGUACUCGAGCACUAUGGUUGCUUCAGUAAAGGGGGAUUCUUACAGUUUUGGAGUGGUACUUCUGGAGCUGGCAACUGGGCUAAAACCUCUUGAUGUUAGUACUGUUGAUGAAAUGUUUAAGGGUAACUUAGUGGACUGGGUAAAGCAGCUUGCUGGUUCUGGUCGAAUUAAAGAUGCUCUUGAUAAGCGGUUAUGUGGGAAGGGCCAUGAUGAGGAUAUUGUGAGGUUCUUGAGAAUCGCUUGUAAUUGUGUUGUUUCUCAGCCCAAGGAUAGGUGGUCCAUGUAUCAAGUUUAUGAAUCACUGAAGAGCAUGGCUGAGGAACAUGGUCUCUCAGAACAUUAUGAUGAAUUUCCGCUGCUGUUUGGGAAACAAGAGUCAACAAGUCCCCUAUAACUGGGAGCAGAAGCAUGAGAUGUAUGCUUGAUAGUUGAAAUUAAUCUUGCACUCUUGCAGCAUGCGGUGGUGAGUUAUGACAAGCAAAUCGUGUGAAUCUAUGUUUAUUUGCUUACUGCGACAUAUCCUACUCUUCCUGAAUAUAUUUGUAUAAUAGCUGAGCUGCAUAAAUUGUACUGGAGGCAUUCUUAUUGUUCGUUUCAGUUGUAACAAAAUCUACUCUGUUGGUUCAUAUCAUCUGUUAUUUGCUCUUCUGAUGCUAUCUUUUUAAAUUCUUGUUGAGAA